AUGGAAACCAUCGCCAGUGUCCUGGUGCCGGUCGCGGUGCCGAAGGCCUAUACCUAUAAAGUCCCUCCCGGGCAGUCGGUCGUUCCCGGAACAAUCGUCAGGGUGCCGCUCGGUCCGCGGGAAGUCGUCGGUGCGGUCUGGGACAUUGAACCGGAUGCAGCGAUCAAUCCGAAAAAACUGAAAUCCAUCACCCGGGUCUACGACCAGACCCCGCCGCUGGAUGAAGAUCUGCGCCGCUUUGUCGACUGGGUGGCGAACUGGACGCUGGGAGCACCCGGAAUGGUGCUGCGCAUGGUCCUGCGUUCGGAAGAAGCAUUGGAAUCUGAGCCACCCGUCCCCGGUGUGCGCCGGGUCGAGGGCGCUGAACCGGAGCGGCAGACGUCUGCCCGCCGCCGCGUACUGGAAACCAUGGAAGACGGAUUUGCCUGGACCAGGAGCGGUCUGGCACGUGCCGCCGGCGUGUCGCCGUCGGUGAUCGACGGAUUGAUUCAGCAGAACGUCCUCGAAGUUGUUUCCAUGCCGGCGGCGCCGCCACCGCCGAAACCACAGCUCGACUAUGCCCGCAAGAAACUGACGGACGCCCAGGAAGCGGUUGCUGCGGGCCUCGUCAGCACUUUCGAAAAGGGAACCGGCGUGACGCUCAUCGACGGUGUCACGGGGUCGGGAAAGACGGAGGUUUACUUCGAGGCGAUCGCUGAGGCCUUGCGGCGGGAGAGACAGGCUCUGGUCCUUCUGCCGGAAAUCGCUCUCACGGAGCAGUUCCUGCGCCGCUAUGAGCAGCGAUUCGGUGUCUAUCCGGCUGAAUGGCAUUCAGAGAUCACUCCGAAGAACCGGGCGCGUGUCUGGCGCGGCGUGGCGUCGGGAGACGUGCGCGUGGUGAUUGGCGCCAGGUCUUCCCUGUUCCUGCCUUUCAGGGAGCUGGGCCUGAUCAUUGUCGACGAGGAGCAUGACGCCGCCUUCAAGCAGGACGACCGUGUUCCCUACAGCGCGCGGGAUAUGGCCGUUGUGCGCGGGCACAUUUCAGGGUUCCCGGUCGUGCUCGCCUCCGCAACGCCAUCCGUGGAAAGUCACGUGAAUGCGGAAAUCGGAAGAUACACUCUUUAUGAACUGCCUGAACGGGCAUCGGGCGCGGCACUGCCGGAUCUGCAGGCGAUCGACAUGCGCCUGGAUGGGCCGGAGCGGGGCAGAUGGCUUGCGCCACGGCUUGUCCAUGCCAUCAAGGAUACAUUUGCCGCAGGUGACCAGUCUCUCCUGUUCCUGAAUCGGCGUGGAUACGCCCCUCUGACCUUAUGUCGCACCUGUGGCCACAGGUUUCAGUGCGCCCAUUGCAGUGCCUGGCUGGUUGAACACCGUUUUCAGAAAAGACUUGUCUGUCACCAUUGCGGUCAUUUUGAACCGGUUCCGGACAAUUGUCCCUCGUGCCAGAGCGCCAACAGCCUUGUUGCCUGCGGACCGGGCGUCGAGCGCGUUGCCGAAGAAGUCUCCGAUCUCUUCCCGCAGGCGCGCACCCUUGUACUGUCUUCCGAUCUGCCGGGUGGACCGGAACGUUUGAAGCGGGAGAUGAAGAUUGUCGAGGAAGGCGGUGCCGAUAUCAUUAUCGGGACUCAACUGGUCGCGAAAGGUCACAAUUUCCCCAAGAUGAAACUGGUCGGGGUCAUCGACGCCGAUCUGGGUCUGGCGCACGGUGAUCCGCGCGCUGCCGAAAAAACCUUUCAGCUUCUUGCUCAGGUCACAGGCCGCGCGGGGAGGGUGACCGGAGGCGGCCGGGGACUGCUUCAGACCUAUAAUGCGGAUCAUCCUGUCAUCAAGGGGCUGCUAUCGGGCGACAAGCAUGCUUUUUACCAGGCCGAGAUCGAGGCAAGACGGGUUGCGGGCCUGCCUCCAUUCGGCCGAUUGGCGGCCGUUGUCGUGUCGGGACCGGACAAGAUUUUUGCCGAAGGCUAUGCCCGUGCGCUGGCCCGGGCGGCGCCUCCCGAUGAAGCGGUCACCCUGCUGGGCCCGGCAGAAGCCGCUCUUGCGAUGGUCCGCGGCAGGCACCGUUAUCGGCUGCUGACCAUGGCGCCGCGCCAGUUCGAUCUCCAGUCCUACCUGCGGCGCUGGUUGAAUCAGGGUCCGAAACCAACAAAAGGUCUGCGCGUCCAGAUCGAUAUCGAUCCUCAGCAUUUCAUGUGA